AUGGCUGAGAGCGCGCGACACAAGACGGGCGAGAUGUGCUGGCUCGAGAUCCCUGUCCACGACAUCAACCGUGCCAAGAAGCUCUACGCCGACGUCUUCGGCUGGGAAUGCCAGGGCGAGUCCAUGCCCAUGCCUGAGAAAGUCUGCGGCAUCAAGAGCAUGCAUUUCUUCAACCGAGGAGGCGUUCACGGCGCCUUCCUUGCCAUGGAGGACGGCUUCCAGCAGACCAAGCACAGCAAGCAGAACAAGGAGGUUCUCCCCGCGCUGCCGACAUUUUGUGUCGACGAAUGCAACGAGACGCUCGAGACGGUCAAGAAACACGGCGGUGAUGUGCAAUGCCCCAAGACGGCCAUCGGCGGGGACAUGGGCCAUUUUGCCCGAUUCAUCGACACCGAAGGCAACAUUAUUGGAAUUUGGUCCAAGCAUUAG